AUGUUCGGCCUGGAUCAGUUUGAGCCCCCGAUCAAUAGCCGAAACGCUGGCCAAGGCGAGAGAAACUUUGGCGAACCCGGCCUGAGCAUGAACGGCCAUUUCAAAGCCCCGGCUUUUCACGCGGGGGGGCCGGCAGACCCUGCCAUCAGCGCCCUGGGCGAGCCCCCUCUCUUGGGCAUGAACAUGGGCAUGGCCGGGGAGCCCUACGGCUUCCACGGGCGAGGGCACUCCGAGCUGCAUGCAGGGGGCCUGCAGCCUCAGCCGGUGCACGGGUUCUUCGGUGGCCAGCAGCCCCACCACGGCCACCCUGGCGGCCACCACCCUCACCAGCACCACCCCCACUUCGGCGGCAACUUCGCAGGCCCGGAUCCCGGUGCCUCCUGCUUGCACGGGGGCCGGCUUUUGGGCUACGGCGGCGGUGGGGGUGGCCUGGGCAACCAGCCUGGUUUCGCUGAAGGCUACGAGCAUAUGGCGGAAACCCAAGGGGGUGAAGGUUUCGGGCAGCAGAGGCCCGGCAAUAUCCCGGAGUUCCAACACCACAGCUCGGGACCGUCGGGCCAUGCGGUGCCUGCCCCGUGCCUACCCUUGGAUCAGUCCCCCAACCGGGCGGCCUCCUUCCACGGCCUCCCGGCCUCCAGCAGCUCGGAUUCCCACAGCCUGGAGGCGCGCAGGAUGGCCAACCAAGGGGGCGUCGAGUCCCUGGAAUACAAUUACCCUGGCGACGGGCCCUCUGGACACUUCGAUCUGCCAGUGUUUUCGCCCUCGGAGACCGAGGGCCAGCUGCCUCACUACGGGACUGGCAGACAGGUGCCCGGGGGCGCCUUCCCGGGAGCCCCGGCUCUACCCAGAGCCCCCGGCAUGGUGGCCAUGUCCAAGAUUCAUCCCCAGCAGCAGCAGCAGCAACAGCAGCACGGGGGCAGCGGCGGCGGAGUGUUCUUCGAGAGGUUUGGAGGGGCCCGGAAGAUGGCAGUGGGCAUGGAACCCGGGGUUAACGCGGUCAGGCACCCCUUAAUGCAACAGGCCCCGCAGCCGCCCCAGCCGCAGCCCCCUCCUCCCCAGCCGCAGCCCCAGCAGCCGCCGCCGCCGCAGCAGCAGCCCCAGCAGCAGCAGCAGCAACAGCAGCAGCCACCUGGGUUGCUGGCCAGACAGAACUCGUGCCCCCCGGCCCUCCCUCGGCAGCCCCAGGCGGAGGCCAACCCGGCCAGUGGCAGCUUGCAAGACGGCGGGCCCCUCCUUCCAACCCAGCACGCCCAGUUCGAAUACCCCAUCCACCGCCUGGAGAACCGGAGCAUGCACCCUUACUCGGACGCGGUGUUUACCAUGCAGCACCCGGCGCCUCCCCCUGCUCCCCCGCAGCAGCCGCAGCCGCCGGCGCCGAACCAGAGGUUGCAGCACUUCGAUGCUCCCUACAUGAACGUGGCCAAGAGGGCGAGGUUCGACUUCCCAGGCACUCCUGGCGUGGACCGCUGCGCCUCGUGGAACGGCGGCCUGCACAGCGGAGCGCUGGACAACCACCUGUCCCCUUCGGCCUACCCAGGCCUGCCCGGAGACUUCACACCCCCGGUGCCCGACAGCUUUCCCCCCGGCCCGGCGCUGCAGCACCCGGGCCCGGACCCGCAGGCCUUGCAGCAGCAGCAGCAGCAGCAGCAGCAGCAGCAACAACACCAGCAGCAGCAGCAGCAGCAGCAGCGCCAGAACGCGGCCCUCAUGAUGAAGCAGAUGGCGUCCCGCACCCAGCAGCAGCAGCAGCAACAGCAGCAGCAGCAACAGCAGCGGCUGCGCCAGCCCGGCCUGCCACCACUCAGUCACCCCGGGGACGUGGGGCCGGGCAGCGGCCUGGUGCACGGGGGACCG